AUGUCCUGGUGGCUUCGAACAAUUGAACAACCAACAACGCUAGUACUGGUGAUUUUGCUUGCGCAUUUUGUGGCAAAGCGACCUGAACUGUUGGGCGUAAAGAGCAACUGGAGCAGUGCUCAAGAGCCUCUGCCACUCCUGUUCCAACUCCUCUCUGAGCCUUUGCCACGGAGCUCUGCCUACGACUCUCUUUACAAUGGCCUGGCAGCACGCAAACAGAGGCAAUGCAUCUUGCCGGGUGACUCGCAUGCCCUGCAUGACUUAUUUGGACGGCAACAACUUCUUUCCAGCUGCGAAGCAGAGGAGGAGUAUUUUGGAUUAUGGCACCGUCUGGUGAGCAGCGUCCAGCAAGCUUGGUUCCAGCUCAGCCAGCGCUGGCGGCCGUGGUUGACAGAGGAGAUCGUGGUGGAGGUGCUGAAUCAACAACGCCAUUUUGCCAACUUGGGCCUUGCUGCCUUGGAACUUCAGCCUGCUACGCACGCAGAUCCUUUGGCGAAGGCUGUCUGGUCCAUCAACAACCACUCUCGUCCUGAAGCUCAAGUAGCAAAGGAGCUCCAGAUCAGCGUUGAGGCUGUAUCGUGGUUACGGACGUAUGGCUCUGAAAUCGCCGAGGCAGUAGAUGACAUCUUCACUGCACAGGUCUUGGGCCUACAGCAGUCCAAAUGGCUUCGAAACCACAAGGAUAAAUGGAACGAUGUUCUUGGAGAAGUUGGAGGUUUCCUUUUCGGUCGAUUCAGAGGACGUCCACAUCCUGUGCUUUUGCACCAAAGUGCAGAGGCUAUCACAGCCUUGAUGCAAAGUAUUUGGAUCGACGAAAAGAACAUGGCGGACCAAAGCGCAGAGUUGGAAGAACAGGUGGAACGUGCCACUGACUCUGGCAGCUUGCCAGAUCUUCUCAUGAAAACAGCGGUGGACGAGUCCUGGGUACUUCAGCUCCAAAGUCUUUCAUUGGGACUUCCAUGGUUGCCAGAUUUGCCUGCCUACAGUGGGGUAGAUGAGGCCGGUACCACCCACGAGGAGUUGAGCAGAAUCCUGUCCGGCAAAGGUAGUCUGUCUGCAAAGUUGCUGUCGCCGCUGCAAAUUCUGCAACGGAAUGACUCGGAGGCAAGUGGCUGGACAUCUGUUCUGCUUUCUGAAUGGUAUCCAAGUCCCGUAGUGAAGCUUCAAGAGAUCUUGGCGGCAGGGCAUAUGGUCAACCCCCGGCUUGCAGAAGUGGCGCAGGCUAUCUAUCAAGGAGGAAGUGAGAGGAAGCGACAUCAGGCAAUUCGUCUAUGUGCAAGUUGGGUGAUGUCACACUGUUGA